CAGCAGCAUCUGCUGCUGCUGCACGCUGCAGCUCCUGCCUGGGAGCCGGCUCUGCUGCCAGCACGCCUCUCUGAGGGCGCAGGUGCCUCACAUCCAAACUCCUAGGUGGUCAGUGGCACUUCCAGGAGCCAAGCAAGGCGGCUCUAUUCUUUUCUUUUCCUGUCAAGAGCACCUGUUUGAGGACUGCGCUUCUUUUCCUGGACUGAAAGCAUACUUGCCUCCUGCUGUGUGCCCUCCUCCUGGUGUCGGGCUGUGCCCCUAUGGAUGCCCCCAUACAGAUUUUCCGUGAGGAGCCAGACUCCACCUGCUCCCCAGGGCCCUGCCGGCCCCCCAGCACCAGCAGCAGCUGGCUCCCGGGCUGGCCAGACUAUGACACCAACGCCACUGGGGCCUUUGGGGACGGCCAGCACAACCACACCAGCAUCUCCCCCGCCAUUCCCAUCAUCAUCACUGCCGUCUACUCGGUGGUCUUCGUUGUGGGCUUGGUGGGAAACUCCCUGGUCAUGUUUGUCAUCAUAAGGUACACAAAGAUGAAGACAGCGACCAACAUCUACAUCUUCAACCUGGCUAUGGCAGAUGCACUUGUUACCACAACCAUGCCUUUCCAAAGCACCGAGUACCUGAUGAACUCCUGGCCCUUUGGUGAUGUGCUGUGUAAAAUAGUGAUUUCUAUUGACUAUUACAACAUGUUUACCAGCAUUUUCACGCUCACCAUGAUGAGUGUGGAUCGGUACAUUGCUGUGUGUCACCCUGUGAAGGCUCUGGACUUUCGUACACCUCUCAAAGCGAAGAUAAUCAACAUCUGUAUCUGGCUGCUGUCCUCAUCUGUUGGUAUAUCUGCAAUAGUUCUUGGAGGCACCAAAGUCAGGGAAGAUACUGCUAGCACUGAAUGCUCCUUGCAGUUUCCAGACAGAGAUUAUGUGUGGUGGGACAUCUUCAUGAAAAUCUGUGUCUUUGUCUUUGCGUUUGUUAUUCCAGUUCUCAUUAUAAUUGUUUGCUAUACUCUGAUGAUUCUGCGCCUGAAAAGCGUGCGGCUUCUCUCCGGCUCUCGGGAGAAAGACCGAAACCUGCGCCGCAUCACCAGGUUGGUGCUGGUGGUUGUGGCAGUCUUUAUCAUCUGCUGGACCCCAAUUCACAUUUUUGUGCUGGUGGAGGCCUUAGGGGACGUGUCCCACAGCACUGCUGCCAUAUCCAGCUAUUACUUCUGCAUUGCUCUGGGUUACACCAACAGCAGCCUCAACCCAAUCCUUUAUGCCUUUUUGGAUGAAAACUUCAAGAGAUGCUUCAAGGACUUCUGCUUCCCCUUCAAGAUGAGGAUGGACAGGCAGAGCACCAGCAGAGUCAGAAACACUGUGCAAGACCCAGCUUACAUGAGGGAAGCAGGUGGGGCAAACAAACCUGUAUGACUAGUCGUGGAAAUGUCCUCUUACUGUCCUCAGGAGAGGGAGGAGUCCAACGACCUGGGACUGACACAAAUUACCACUGCAGUUUGAAAUCGACUCACCCAGACAGACAUUUCUGGAAUAUUUCAGAAAUCCCAGCAGUUUGAACUAAAGCAAGUUUAUUAUUGAUAAACAAAAAUCUCCUGAAAAUCGGCUCAAAUGAAAAGGACCUGGUUGAUGGUCAGGUUUUGGCACCAUAUCUGCUGUACUUGAGCCAGCACUAAAACACACUUUUGCAGAGUGAAGAGAUAGUGUUGCACCAGGUGAUUCUGGAUAAGAAUAGUUCUCACUCUUCUCUUUACAAUAUGUAACAUUAUAAAAGGCAACAUUUGGUCAUAAAACUGAGCUAUACCAGAAACUUCUGCCCCAACAGUGAUUGCUUCUAAACCACGGAGUUUGACUACUUGAUCCUCUUUAACAGUGAAGAGUGUUAGGUUUCUGUGAACAAUGCCACAGCUAUAAUCAAUAUUGUCCUCAAUUAAUAUAUCUGUAACCCUUGUUUGUGCUGUGAAAAUCCAAUUUGAGCAUGACCUACCCACACACCAAAGUGAUUUUAUUGUGUCUGUGUAUGGUAAAGCCUUUUGGCAUUCAAAAAUACUGGAAUUUAAUAGGAAUUGUUAUCACAUGUUUAAUCACCUCUGUGUAAUGUUUUGUAUGUGUGAUUUUCCAAGAUGGUCGUUUCUUUAUUGAGUCUGAAUAAUAUAAUAUGUAUUUUCAGAGUGUAUAUUGAACAAGAGGCCAGAAAACUUCAAAUGCUUCACUUGUUACAAAAUUAAUGAAAAGUUGUGUUACAUUCAUUACAUGGAGGAAACACUCUCAUGUGUAACUUGUUUUCCUGGAUAAUGUGUAAGCAGACUGAAAUAAAUAUUUGACAAAUUAGAAACAAGGAAAGGAGCACAUGAACUAGCUGGAUUGAUACAAUGGAAAUUAAAUAUUACUGGAUGCUUUAAUGGCAUUUGAUGGAAAAAGAUCCUGGUUUAUUGAUGCUGAUAUAUUUUCUUUGAUACAGUCCUAUGAUUUCAGUAAUUUUCUCUGUUUUCCUGUGAAGAUGGAGGUGUCAAGGCACAGAUAAAUAAGUUACUAGGUUGCUGAAGGUAAGUUCAUGGUAAAAUGGAGCCUAACUUCCAGUCUAUAGACUUUUGUCUUCCUGAUGUUAUAUAUCACAACUCCCACUACUGCUGUUGCUGAAAUUUGGCUCUCAUUAUCUUCACCCUGAACACAUACACCAUACAUCUUGUUAAUUUUGUUCUUUAUACAAAAGAAAGAAUAAUGUGAGUGCCUUCAUUUCAUGGAAAAUUUUCUCAGAAACACAAUAUGAUUUGGUCCUAUCAGACCAAAAAUGCCUUUUGCACACCAGUAAAAUAAUGAGUUUUUUCUUGGACUAGCUGGCAGUCCAGUUCCUGUGGAAGUGCUGUAGAAAUUCAGCCUUCUGCAGGACUUCCAUAUACCUUAUUGCUAAUACAGUCAUGUAUGUCAAAUUUUUUUAUAUUAGUUUGAUAAAUGCUGCUAUUGAAAUAUUCAAGACAACUCUUUCUGGACAAGCCUAGCACUUUCUGAUUGUUUCUACAUGAAGAAUGAUUAGCUGACCUCAGGAUGCUUUCCUUACCUGGGGAAGUGAAUGAUGCUUACACAAGUGCUGAGUCUCACCUCCUAUUCUGUCAUUCAUUCAUUUUCUUAACAUGCGUCUAGCUUUCUAAACUAAGUCCUGACCUUUAAAUGGCCACAAAAAGAGAACAUUUAAGGUAAAAGUUGAAAAUCCAAGGUAUUUAUCAAGGUAAGAGCAAGUGAAAUGGGAAAGAACUAGAAUCUAAUGAACUAUUUUCAUUCAAAAUAACCUAUGUUCCUGUUCAUGACUUACCAUUUGCAUAUGUAAGUUUGUGCUUGAAUAGGGUUUUUGUUCUACACAUUAUGUGCAAUGCUUUGUAUUGUAAUGAAAAAUCAAUGUUCUUAAUUUGCAAAAAGAAGGCUUCUAAUAAUAUUUUUGAGGUUUAUGUUUUUAAGAAGGAGAUCAUAAUUUCCAUCACAGUGGGAGGAAAUUAUAACUUCCUAACAAUUAAGCUUGCAAAAUGUUAUAAGAAUGUGUCCUUAAGGUUUAUUUCUGUAAUUGAACAUUAACAGCCCAAUUAGUCUGAAUGCAGUAGAAAAGUGUCUUGGAAGUUUUCUUGUCAAAUUGAGCAGCUUACUGCACUUCACUGAAAAACAGCAGGAAACUGGCCAAGACAUCUUUAACACAUGAGAAAGUACAUUAGAAAUGAUACCAAGCUUUUGCUCACAGAAUCUGCUUCUAGAUGACUGAAUUCCCAUGGCGAAGCAGUUCACUUACUUUGUGACUCCAAGCCAACGAUUUUCUCUCUCUCUUGUGCUGGCCCUAGGAUGCACUAAGGCAGGGUAGGACCCACUCCUGCCUGGCCCAGGAGCAAAUCUGGGUGGGGAAUGGGGCAGCAGGGACAGGAUGUGCUGUACCAUGGGCCCAGGAGGAUGGGCCCAGGGCAGACACAGGCAGGCAGCCUGGAAAUUGGUUGCACUUGCUACAGCCACUCUUACAUCCCUUUCUUUUUGGAGGUUCCAAAAAUUCGGUACUGCAAAAGCAUGGUCAUGGACCUGCUUGUGGGGCUAAAUUCCAAUCAGUCAACUAGUAUGGGUAGCUAAUAUGUCACUUUCUGUGUUUCUACUUCUUUUAACUGAGAAAUCUUUUAUUUGGAAGAUAUACUUGGUGUUCUGGUUCAGGACAGACCAACACAUAGCAGAGAAAUGAUGCUUACAUGCUGAGAAACCCCAAGUGUUGUUAAUGAGCAAUAUCUCAACAUGAUGAGAAAUUCAGAGGAAAACUGAAAAUGAAAUUUUUGUCCUGUGAAAGGCAAAGGGAAAACACACCAUUUUGAGCCAGAUUUCCUCUUGGUUUUGCUAAAUUAAUGUAAUCUUUGCAAAGAAGACAGGGAGAUUGCGCUGGGAUUUUAUUUUCCUUAAUUACUUAUCAAUUCUUAAUCAAACUUAAUAAUUGGCUGUUGUCUUCCCAAUGAAGUUUUUUCUUCAGAAGAAAAUGUGGAUUCAGCAAAAUUGAUUGAGUUUGUGGUACCUUAUGUAAUCUGUCAAAU